AUGCAUUCCACCGAGGCGACUAGGGCACCUUUUUUAUAUGGAUAUUUCAGCCCUUUCCUUCCUUGUUUGCAUUCCAGGUUGGUUCUAAAGAAAGGGUUGGAAAAUGGAAUCAAACAAAAGUGUAGGCUUGCUCCGCACACAAAGGCUACAUCUGGGCCUUUCAUUGAUUUGACUUUUCCAUUCAUUUUUGAAGCCCUUCCUUCGCUCCGGGCACGCUGUUUAGAUCUAUUUCGGUUGCCAAUGAAAUGGAAUAUGGGGAACUCUCCGUCUAAGUGGUUAAUCCGACGAGUCAAUUCUCAAUGUUAUGCUGCUAUCCGUUCGACGAUCCUACUUCUGAUGUCACCCCCGCCUCUCCCUCCCAGUGGAAUAUCCCAACUAUUCUCUAUCCAAUUCCGGAAGAAUGGAUCAUGA